AUGAAGCGCCUGCGACGGAGAGAAACUGUCGGAAGCAAGCAAUUGCGAGUCGUCAUGCAGCGACGGCCGGCUGAUUUCAUUGCACAGAGUUUAUGGGGUUUGUUUAACACAAAAGGCGCCUGUGACGGAGAGAAACUGUCAGAAGCCAGCAAUGGCGAGUCACCAUCCAGCGCCUGCCCCGAUCCAACACCAAUCGCGUUUUUUCGAUACAUAUGUCCAGCACACCGAAAUAAAGCAACCGAUAAAUAUCGACAAACUCUUGACCUGGCCUCGAAUAUUGCUGACAAUCAGGAGCUUCGUGAUAAGCUAAAAAUAAUGAAAGAAACGGUGGAUGAUAUAAGGAUUUUACGUGAUUGGGAAAUAUGGUUACAGGAGAAGACGGCGAUUUUAGUCCGUCGUGGUGUACGUAAUACCAAUCUUAAUCUACACAAGGAGAUCAAUACGUUGGCAUUAAACAAGCGUUAUUCUUCAGCAAAAAACACGAACUCCAACCAAGAUUCAGACGUGAGUGAAGAAGAUCGGGAGGAAGAACUUAAUCUUUACAAGGAGAUAAACGCGUUGGCAUUAAACAAGGGUGAGUCUUCAGCAAAAAACACGAGCUCCAAUCCAGCUCCAAAUGUGAGUGACGAAGAUCGGGAGGAACUUAAUCUUUACAAGGAGAUAAACGCGUUGGCAUUAAACAAGGGUGAGUCUUCAGAUCCAAAUUUCUUUAUGAACAGGGGAAAUUAUGAAAAGCUUCGUAACGGCGUUACCAGCAAUGAUAUUAAUCAUAUUAGCUUCGUGGAACGUAUAGAAGAAUCCAAGCCAAUAACAUCGACUUCUCAGCGUCCGUGGAUCCUCCGUAGCGGUACAAAUGUUGGAGAGAAAUUGACAAGUUAUGUCAAGACGAUUCCCGAGUCUCAAAAAUGUUUAAAUCUUGCAUAUUGGAAUAUACUUGAUUUGACUGAUAACACCCAAAUCAAGUCUCUUUUUUCGACGAACGACUGGGAGGAAAUGGUUGAAAGCUUCAAUAAUGAAGUUAAAUUGAUCGAAUCGGAUUUUCUUGACGUGGUGGAGUAUUUUUUUCAUGAAGUUGAAAAGGCUACAAAAGAAGACAAUAAAGAUAUCGUCAAUGCGAUCGAUAGAUUAACCCCGGAAAUUAUCGAAACGAUUCGAAAAGUAGAACUUAGUGAUGAGGAGAAGAAUGUUAUUGCCAUUUUAAGACGGGCUGUUGUCAUUGCUGAAAAUCUGGAAAGGGUUGAUCUUCCCGUUUCCGAAGCUGACUUCGACAACGCAUUUCCAAACAUGCUUGCAAAAAGAUUUUUAAAUAAGGAGGAGCUAAAAAUGGAUGGUGGGGAAAUUGCCUGUUGGGCGUCAGCUUGUCGCCGAAAUGAAGGUCGUUCCGUUGUUCUUAGAGCUCGUGUUGGUCAAAAGUGCGAUUUUCGAGGAAUAUUGAAAAAAAGCAUUAAUAGGCUUGAGGCUCUCAUAGGUCUCAGAAGUGGCGGAUUACCAGAACCUCAUCAAAAAAAAAUCCACGAAGACAAAGUUGAUCUAAGCGUGGCAAUGCGGGAUAUUUUAUACACGUUCUUCAAAGAGAAUUCCAAAGCACCUAGUUCUGACGUUCAUUCUACAUUUGUCUUUGGAAUACACUCAUGGGGAUGGGUUCAUAACGUAUACGGGAUGGACUGCAAAGCGACGAAUUUACUACGGCUCGGUGGUAUCUCUCAUUUAAAGAUGCCAAACACCCUUAAAACCCUGUCGGUACUCGAAAGUUUUUAUGUACUUUUCAAGGAUUUGCAGGUCACGUUGAAUACUAUUUGUGAGCAUACGAAUAGUGUCUCGCUUGCACAUUCACGUGCCCACAGAAAUCGAAAAAGAAAGAAUCUGGAACGGGCUGGUGAGAAAGGAGGAUCAUUUGGAAACCCUUCACAAACACCAAUCAACAAGAAAACUAGAAAUUAUGAUCAUUAA